AUGUUGGAAUCAACUUCAGGACUGUCUGCAAAGGAGAAAAAAAUAAUUCGUGUGGAUCUCCAGGAUAAAUCUAAUUCGUCUGCUGAACAAAGGGAGGUUGAAUGCAUUCCCCUGCAUGGAAAUGCGAAGCCGACGAGUGUAUCGAUUCCGGAGCAAACCUCAAAAAGAUUCUCGGCACUUCAGGAAAUGGAGGAUCGCGAUGUCAAUCUGUUGGACGAUUCCGAUAAUGAGGAGAAUGUUUUCUCAGAGGAAAACAUGGAUAAUCAGCUGCGAAUAUCUAAUAAUGUGAUUGAAGCUGAAUUGCAACACAUGGCGCACUCGCCGCAGCCGGGACUAGAAAGGUUUCCAGAUGAUUCUUUUGAAGCCAAAAGUCAGGCCGAUGAUAAUGACAAGAUAGCUGAAGAGUAUUAUUGGUCGGAAGGAGAAAAGGAUGAUGCUAUGGUCGAAAGAUCAGAGACUAGUUAG